AUGCCAGGAGGUGGGUUUAGUAUUGAGGGUGGAGGUAACAACUAUGAAGGAAGAGUCACACUCUUUGUGGUAUUGGCAUGUAUAGUGGCUACCUCAGGUGGUCUCCUCUUCGGAUAUGACAUAGGAAUCUCAGGAGGAGUGACUUCGAUGGAUACAUUCUUGAACAAAUUCUUCCCAGAAGUGAUCAAGAAAAUGAAGAAUAACUCUCCUGAUGGAAAUAAUAUGUAUUGCAAAUUUGAGAGCCAAAUUCUCACAUUGUUCACCUCUUCCCUCUACCUUUCUGCGUUGGUGGCUUCUUUCUUCGCAUCGUCAGUAACUAGACGAUUUGGUCGAAAAAUUUCCAUGUUUGUGGCAGGGGUUGUGUUUCUUCUAGGUGCUAUCCUAACUGGUGUUGCCAACAGCAUUGUACUUCUAAUCAUUGGUCGUCUGCUACUUGGUGUUGGUGUUGGUUUUGCUAAUCAGGCUAUUCCAGUUUAUCUGUCUGAAAUGGCUCCGGCAGAAAUUAGAGGAGCACUUAACAUUGGCUUCUCAAUGGCUAUUACCAUUGGAAUUCUAGUGGCUAAUCUAGUUAACUACUGCACUUCUAAGAUCAAAGGUGGAUAUGGGUGGAGAGUUUCUCUGGCUCUUGCCGCUGUCCCGGCAUUGAUGAUGACUGCAGGUGCAAUAUUUUUACCCGAUACUCCAAAUUCCAUCCUAGAGAGAGGCCACCCUCAGAAAGCCAAGAAAAUGUUACAAAAGCUUCGUGGCACUGAUAACGUCGACGAGGAGUUUCAAGACCUUAUUGAGGCAAGUGAGGCAUCAAAGAGAAUGGAGCAUGCAUGGAAGAACAUCACAUUUCUGAGAUAUAGGCCUCAACUUGUCAUUUGCAUUCUCAUUCCAUUCUUCCAACAACUUACCGGCAUCAAUAUCUUCAUGUUUUAUGCACCGGUUCUUUUCAAAACUUUAGGCAUGGGAGAUGAUGCUUCCCUCAUCUCCGCAGUUAUCACCGGAUGUGUUAACGUCCUCGCUACAUUGAUCUCAGUAUUGACCGUCGAUAGGUUUGGAAGACGAGUGUUGUUCCUUGAAGGUGGUGUGCAAAUGAUAAUUUGUCAGAUUGGUGUUGCAGUUAUAAUUGGGUUGAAGUAUGGUGUGAGCGGAGUAGGAUCAAUUUCGAAAGGAGAAGCUGAUAUCGUUCUCAUCUUUAUCUGCAUAUACGUCAUGGGUUUCGCAUGGUCUUGGGGAGCACUUGGGUGGUUAGUGCCCAGUGAGAUAUGUCCUCUGGAGAUACGAUCGGCGGGACAAGCCAUCAACGUUUCCGUUAACAUGUUGUUCACUUUUCUCAUCGGCCAAGCUUUUCUAUCCAUGCUUUGCCACAUGAAGUUUGGUCUCUUCAUCUUCUUUGCUGCCUUUGUCACUCUUAUGUCCCUUUUCAUCGCAUUCUUCAUGCCUGAGACGAAGAAUGUUCCCAUUGAAGAGAUUAACACAGUGUGGAAAGCACAUUGGUUUUGGGGUAAGUACAUCCCAGAUGAUGCUGUUAUUAAUGGUACGCACAGAAGGGCUGUAGUAUGA